GCCGCCGCUGCAACUCACGCAGACAGAGGUAGUCGGAAAGAUGGUGGCCAGUGUACGGGUCCUGAAGCUGCUCCGACGAUAUAAACCAGCGAUUUCCGCCGCGUUAAUAAUUUUACUGAUUCAGGGACUCGUGGUGUGGAGUUUGAGGAGUCUGGAAGAAGGCGAGGCGGAGAGAAAAACAAGACGGUCAAAGCUCCCUGACCACAACAGUCAGGACUCUAAGAGAGACAGCUCACUUUGGGAAAAGGCAAAUUCUUUGUCUGGGAGGAACAGGGGCAGAUGGGGCACCAGGUUCGAGAGGACGGGGGGCACAGCCGCCAGCGCUCAGAGGAAAGGGAACAGCCGCCGAGGAGGAAACGCUAGGAUCUUCAGACAGAAGAGUUCGCAGGAGCGCGGGAUGAUGGCAGCAGGACUAGAGGGAGUCCCGCACGAUCUGUCGAGCAGCCGAAACUUCAGCGAGAGCCGCGGUGGAGUGGACGGAGCCGCUAAAGUACCAGCUGCCUUCUUACCUGGGGAGCCGGGCAGCGUGGACGGCGCGCACCAAACUCCCAACACUGACUUUGUGCCCAAAUGCAACAUUGAAGGCAAGGACGCUCUGUCGGCCCUCCACCGCGCUGCGUCACAGCAUUGUAGACAGGAAAUAGCCAACAUUGUGUGCCAGCAUCAGGCUGGACAACUCAUGCCGGACAUUCUCCCUCAGUUCUGUCCCCAAAUUGGGGUAUCACUGCCAGUUCAGACUGCCGGAGAAGAGGAUUUCAGCCUGGCCAAGGUGGAGAAUCCUGUCAGGGUGGCUUUUGUUCUGAUGGUCCACGGCCGUUCUGUUCGCCAGCUCAAACGUCUCAUCAAAGCCUUAUAUCACCGAGACCACUAUUACUACAUCCAUGUAGACAAGCGGUCUGGCUACAUGCAUCGAGAGGUGCUGCAGAUAGCUGAGCAGUACCCGAACAUACGAGCCACCCCAUGGCGGAUGGUCACCAUCUGGGGAGGAGCCAGCCUCCUGAAGGCUUACCUACACAGCAUGCAGGACCUGCUGGCCAUGCAGGACUGGAAGUGGGACUUCUUCAUCAAUCUCAGCGCCACAGACUUCCCAACUAGGACCAACGAUGAACUGGUGGCGUUUCUGUCGUUGCACAGAGACAAGAACUUCCUCAAGUCCCACGGCAGAGAGAAUGCCAGGUUCAUUAAGAAGCAGGGCCUCGACCGUCUCUUCCACGAGUGCGACAACCACAUGUGGCGUCUCGGCGAGCGCAGCAUCCCCGAAGGCCUGGAGGUCUCCGGUGGUUCCGACUGGUUUGCUCUCACCCGUCGCUUCGUUGAGUACGUCAUCAACUCCCAGGACAAGCUGGUGUCGGGGCUGAAGCAGUUUUAUUCCUACGCUCUGCUCCCUGCUGAGUCCUUCUUCCACACGGUGCUCGGGAACAGCGACAUGUGCGACACCCUGGUGGACAAUAACCUGCGAGUCACUAACUGGAAUCGCAAGCUGGGCUGUAAAUGUCAGUACAAGCACAUCGUCGACUGGUGCGGCUGCUCUCCCAACGAUUUUAAACCACAAGAUCUCAUUCGAAUUCAGCAAUUAUCCCGUCCGACAUUCUUUGCUCGCAAGUUUGAGUCGACGGUGAACCAGGAGGCUAUAGACAUCCUGGACACGCACCUGUAUGGUCAGUACGCACCAGGAACCGUUGCCCUCAAGGCUUACUGGGAGAGCGUGUUUGAGCUGUCGGACGGUGUGGGCUCCCUCAGUGACGUGGCUCUCACUGCUUACACCUCCUUCCUCCGUUUGGCCCUCAAGAAUCUGAGGUCCACACAGAGCAACACAAAGACCUGCAGAUUUGAACCAGUGGGCUACCCUCUCUCUGUACAUUUGUACUUUUAUGACGACCGUUUCCAGGGCUACCUGAUCCGUCAGGAGGUCCAGGCUGCAGAGGCGAAGGACAGAGGGACGUUAGAGCUGUGGGCCGUCCCUCAGUCUGCGCUGGUCCUCGAGACAAACCUUAAAGAGUUUGAGAGGCUCAAGAACCUGGAAAUCGGAACAGAGUGGGAUCCCAAAGAAAGGAUCUUCCGUAACUUUGGUGGCAUCGUUGGCCCACUGGAUGAACCCCUGGCAGUCCAGAAGUGGGCCCGUGGGCCGAAUCUCACGGCCACGGUUGUAUGGAUCGACCCAGCUCUGGUGGUGGCCGUGUCUUACGACAUUACUGUGGAUGUGGACGCAGAGUACACGCAGUACAAGCCGCCUCUGCAGCACCCCCUGCGGCCCGGCACGUGGACGGUGCGGAUACUGAAACAAUGGACGCUCAUAGCUGAAGUCCGCUUCCUCGUCAUGCCGUUAACUUUUAGUAACAAGGAGCCGUUACGUAAAGACGAGGACAGCUGGCUCCAUUCAGGCCCUCCAGGUAACUUGUACCUGGACCAGAGCUUCCAGCAGCUGGGCUCCGUGCUGAAGCUGCCCCCCCAGCAGCCCGCUGUGCAGGCGGCCCAGCGUAACGCUCAGCUGGUGGGCCAGUCCCUUGAGGCCUGGCUGGACAGCCUUGUGGGAACCUACUGGGUUAUAGGUGAACUGUGCACCACAAAGACCUCAUCUUGUGCAGCUUUAAGGUCUUGCUCCAAGACCACCUGGAGCUCGUUGUCUCCAGACCCAAAGUCCGAACUGGGUCCAGUCAAAAGUAAUGGGCGAAUCAGGUAGCCCAGAGAGAAGAGGAACUGUGAACGUGCACAGAAAUCUCGCUGGAGAGCUGAAACCUACAUCAGA